UGGAGCUGUUGCAACUGUUGCACCCAGGUUCACUCCAGGAUCGCUCAGAUCUCCCGCCCGCUGAACGUAAGGAAAGUCCUGUGCUCGCCUUGUGUGGGCUGAUGAUAAAAGACCCGGUGGGAAGCUUUUUGAAAUGGACACAGGCCUUGCACGUUUUACCAAAUGCGCCGCAGGGGAGCUUCUGUUGCUGUAGCAACGCCGGGGUUGAUCCAAUGACGCUAGGCCUUGCCACAUGCUGGGAACCCGCCAUGGCUUUCCGGAUUCCGUGGGUCGCCGCGCGACGAUGGCUAAGCCGGGGUGGAAUCCCCAAGCAGCCCAAUGUGGGGCAGGACGCGAACGUGUCGGAGUUGCUGCAAAGCGCGAUGAUGGAGGAGGAGGAGGAGGACGCGGAAGGAGAGGGUGAUGGGACUCUUAGGAAGGUGCGCCGAGCUCCCGAAGAGGCCGCAGUGCUGCUUUUCCCCGGCCAAGGCAGCCAAUUCGUGGGGAUGGGCCAGGGGCUCCUGCGGUACCCGAACGUGCGAGACCUUUACCGUGUUGCUGAGGACGUCCUGGGCUACGACCUGUUGAGCCUCUGCGUGGAAGGGCCGAGCGCCCAGCUGGACCGCACCGUGCACAGCCAGCCAGCCGUCUUCGUCAGUUCCUUGGCCGCCGUAGAGAAGCUGCACCAUCAGCAGCCCACGGUAGUUGAGAACUGUGUUGCAGCUGCUGGAUUUAGCAUUGGAGAAUAUGCAGCCCUUGUUUUUGCAGGAGCCAUGAACUACCCAGAAGCCUUAUAUGCAGUAAAGGUGCGUGCUGAAGCCAUGCAAGAGGCAUCAGAAGCUGUCCCAAGUGGAAUGUUAUCUGUUAUUGGAAGGCGUAAUUCAAAUUAUGUCACUGCCUGCAUGGAAGCUCGUGAAUACUGCAAGUCAGUGGGUAUUGAAAAUCCUGUAUGUGAAGUUUCAAACUACUUGUUUCCAGAUGGCAGAGUCAUUGCAGGACACUUGCAGGCUUUGGAGUUUUUACAGCAAAAUUCAAAGAAAUACUCAUUUGGACGUGUGAAAAUGUUGCCAGUCAGUGGUGCUUUUCAUACUCAACUUAUGGAAUCAGCAGUGAAACCUUUAUCUGAAGCCCUCAAUUCAAUUAAUAUUCAGAAGCCUCUCAUCCCUGUCUAUUCAAAUGUGGAAAGCCAGAAAUACACACAAUCAAAACAGAUUCAGCGUUUGUUAGUGAAGCAGUUGGUUUCACCAGUGAAAUGGGAGCAGACAAUGCAUGCCAUCUAUGAAAGGAAAAAGGGAGUAGGGUUUCCUUAUACCUAUGAAGUAGGACCUGGGAAACAGCUAGGAGCUAUCCUAAAAAGCUGCAAUUUGAAGGCCUGGAACUUCUAUAAACAUAUUGCUGUUUCAGAAGAUGAGGCAAAAAACGAAACAUAGAGAUGCCUACAGGAAACAUUUUCAUGGUAGAUCCUGGUCCAAGGCACUGUUCAUUUUAAAAUGGAUUUAUUAAUUUCAAGGGAAGUCAUGACAGCCACAGAGGAAUAUGCAACACAGGACCUUUUUUAAUCUUGUGGAUAAGGAGCUACAUAUAGUUGUACUGUUGUAAUCUCUCUACAUGACUCCUAGGCAGAGAAGAAUAGCUUGUUACCUCAUGAGCAAAAGUGCCGUCAAAUGUCACUCUGGGCCCCAUUUCUUCAAACAGACAGAUUUGCCCAUGAGCCACCUUGAAAUCAAUUGUUCCAGCUACAGACCUUUAAGUAUUUGUUUUAUACAAGUUUUAUUAAUAGUACCUGCAUUAGUCAAAGGAUUGUGAUUAUUAUACUCACUAUCUUGCUGUGGCUUAAGAAUCAAUGAGAUUAAACAAAAAUAUUUAAAAUGUUUUCUUUGUUUUGCUUACCAUUUGUUGGGGUGAGGGAUCAAACUUGAUAGAAAAAUAUUCCUAUAUUUGGUGUAUAAUUUUGUCCCAUUCAUGUCUUGAAAUUCUUGACUAGAUUCACACUGUUAAAACCCUCAUUUUGCAAAGACCCUAACCAGUUUUUCUUCUGUACAUGAGUAAAAUUA